AUGCUAAUUGGAGUAAUCAUCGGAAGUACUCGAAGCCCAAGGGUUUGCCCUCAAAUCGCCCAGUUUAUUUUGGAUACCAUCGAACGUUCCAAAUCCUAUCAGGAGCUGAGCGAAAAGCCAUUGCUUAAAAUCAUCGACAUUGCUGACUGGAAUCUGCCAUUGUACGACGAGUCCAACGUUCCCUCCCAGAUCAAGCGCAGUGAAGACUACGACCACGAGCACACAAAGCUUUGGAGCCUGGAAAUUCAAAAAUAUAACGGCUUCAUAUUCGUGACUCCGCAGUACAACUGGGGCUAUCCAGCUGCUCUAAAAAACGCCAUUGACUAUCUGUUUAAUGAAUGGAAAGGCAAAUCAGCCGCAAUAGUCACUUACGGUGGCCAUGGGGGAACCAAGUGCAAUGAACAAUUGGCCGUUGUCCUUGAAGGACUUCGCAUGAUCCCAACCCAAAGCAGAGUCUUGCUCUCAUUCCCGGACCGCGAUACACUUUACGCUGCAGCCUCAGGAAAAGAUUUAGGUCUUUCCAGUAAUCCUAGCGGAGACCUUUGGACCACGGAAAAGACGCAGAUUGAAGCGACUUUCAACGAGCUUUUUGAGUCGAUAGUUAAAACACAAGAUCUCUAG